GUCAUAUAGGUGUAACCCGACAGUUAUGGUGUCCCACUUUAGGGAAAAUAUCUCCAAAAAGGCUGCAGUAACAGCCAAAAACAGUAACAAUAAAAAUACAACGUAUUAAUAUCAACCCUAAAAAACGUUCACGCCAGCUUUCCUGGUUCUUCCGAUGAUCCCUGAAUGCAGCACGGUAGACGUGAGGAAGUAGUUUAGGAGCCAAACGAAAUGAGGGGGUUUUGACUUAGGGAAACAGAAUUUAAACUCCACUUUCAAGGACUGGCAUAAAACAGCUGAACGAGCCAUGGACAACAUUCAGAUCCGGAAGUUUCAGGAUGAAGAUGCUGAUGUUGUGAAGGAGCUCUUCACCUUGGGGAUGAGUGAGCAUGUGCCUUCAUCCUUUGUGCACGUUCUGAAGCAGCCAGUAACCCAGAUGGUCCUCAUGUGCAUGUUCUGCGCUCUCGUGACCAGCUCCAAGUCAUUCCUGCUUCCCAUCUUGGCCGUCACCUUCUGCCUGGCUGGAGCCCGGCAGAUGGUCGUCUACAUGUUCAACAAAUACAUCGAAACCUCGCUCAGAAAGGACCUCAACAACAUCAGUGAGACCUACCUGAAAGGGAAAGACUCGUGCUUUUGGGUGGCUGAUAGCGAUGGCCGGGUAGUGGGUUCGGUGGCUUGUCUCCCUGCUGAGAACGCUCCUGGUUGCUUGGAGCUGAAACGCAUGUCGGUCCGCCGCAGUCACCGCGGGAUGGGCAUUGCAAAGGCUCUGUGUCGAACAGUGGCUGAAUUUACUCGCGACAGGGGUUACGGAGCUGUAAUACUGCAGACCUCUGUGGUGCAGACAGAUGCUCAGAAGCUGUACGAGCACAUGGGCUACAAAAAGAUAAGAGAGUUUGUCGUUCCAGAGUUUCUUGCCAAAAUCCUAAACUUCACCCUGUUUGAGUACAGACUUGAUUUACAGCAGGACUGAAGAAUGGACUGAAUCAGAUAUAAACACUGAAAACCAUUUCAGGGCAGCAGUACAACACAUUUAUCUAGUUCCUCCACUCUGUGUUUUCCCAGCAUGUAUUUGAUUGAGGCAGAAACACUCUGGACAGGUCGGGCACGGGUGGGUGAGGUGGGGAUGUGUUUACUCAACACUUGUAGAGCUGGUCCAGUUGUGUUUUCUCCUGUUUCAAACACACACAAGAUCGUUACUGUUUUUUUGGGUGAAAUAGUUGGUUCCACAAAAUAUUAAAGUAGAAAAACUCAGCUUUUGUUAAGGGUUUUAUGUUGAUUUGUCAUUUUAUUUAACUUCUACAUGAUUUUAACAAUAAAUGUAUACAUCUGAACACAAAA